GGUUGUUUAUUAUAGUAUUUUUAUUUAUAAUCUUACAUAGGCUCUCUAAAAAUAAGUUAUUUGAAAAGAUACCGGGGCCACCCGGUUUGUUUUUGUUGGAAAAUACUUUGGACUUUCUCAUGGACUCUGAGAGAACUUUUCGAUACUUUACCUUACUAUCUAAUAAAUACAAGAGACUAUUUAAGCUAAGAGUAGGCCCUAAGAAAAUAGUUAUUUUAUAUAACCCAGAGGACGUUGAAGCUCUCAUAUCUGGAAUGAAAUAUAAUGACAAAGGGUUUUUAUAUGGAUUUAUACAGCCAUGGCUGAAGGGAGGCUUGUUGCUCAGUAACGGAGAAAAAUGGCAUCAACGUAGAAAGAUUUUAACGCCAACGUUCCAUUUCAACAUCUUACGCAAUUUUAAUAUAAUUCUAAUGGAAAAUGCAGCGAAACUUUUGAUACAAAUCGAAGAAGAGACUGACAAGCCGAAGUCAGAUAUUAUGGAUAUAAUUACAGAUUUUACUUUAAAAUCUAUUUGUGAAACUGCCAUGGGAACCAAACUAGACCAAGAAAUUUCUGAAUUUGGUAAAAAAUACAAAAACGCCAUUCAUGAGUUAGGUAAAAUAGUAGUACACCGAGCACAACGUGUAUGGAUUUACCCGAGUUUAUUCUUUAAUUUGACUCAAGUUGGUAAGAGCCAGGAAAAAUUCUUGAAAAUGAUUAGCUCCUUCCGAGAUAAAGUAGUUAAACAGCGCAGAGAAAGCAGCAACUUCGAAAAAGACAUUCAUUUAGUAACAACUGAUGGGAACAAUGACGAAUAUGUUAUUUACGGGAAGAAAAGGUUGGCAAUGCUUGACUUGUUAUUGGAAGCGGAAAAGAAAGGAAUUAUCAAUGAAGCCGGGAUAAAUGAAGAGGUUGACACGUUUAUGUUUGAGGGACACGACACUACAGCGUCUGCACUUCAGUUUGCUUUUAUGAUUCUGGCGAACCAUCAACAUAUUCAGGAUAAAAUUGUUGAAGAAAUCAAUCAAGUAUUAGAUCCUGCGGUAGAAAUUCCUACAAUGAAUGAUCUGACACACAUGAAAUACUUGGAUUGUUGCAUAAAAGAGAGCUUAAGAAUGUACCCCCCAGUUUUCUUUAUAUCUAGGAGAAGCGAGCACCCCAUUAAAUUAAGUAAUUACGACUGCCCGCCUGGAACAGAAUUUACAAUAUUCAUCCGUGAAUUACAUCUGAAAGGUGAUCAAUUUGUGGAACCUUUAGUGUACAGACCCGAAAGGUUUAUGGAAGAACCGACCUGGCAUCAGUAUGGUUACAUACCGUUUAGUGCUGGACCCAGAAAUUGUAUAGGGCAAAAAUUCGCAAUGAUGGAGAUGAAAUUAGCACUAUCAACAGUGCUACGACGCUACAGGGUUUUGCCUGUAACAAAACCGCAGGAUAUAUCAUUUAUCACCGAUUUUAUUUUACGUCCAAAAGAUCCCAUCUAUGUCAAAUUUGAGAAAACAUUAACAAUGUUAUUCCUCUAUUUAGUGGUAUUUAUUCUUAUUUUAUAUUUUGUUGAUUAUAAACUAAAUCAUGAUGGGAUUGCUAAAAUUAUUAAAAUAAUACCCGGUCCCAAGGACACUUUUUUUGUGGGUAACGCAUCUGCUUUUGUAGAUAUAUCGCCAGUGAAGUUAUUCAAAUUGGGAAGGACGUGGGCAGCGCAGUUUAACGGAAUUUACAGAUUUUACGCUUUUAAAUUUGCCGCAGUCUCCAUUUAUAAUCCUGAUGAUGUUGAGAUUGUAACGUGUAGUAUGAAGCACCAUGAAAAGAGUAUUAUUUAUAAAUUUUUAAAGCCCUGGCUUAAAGAUGGUUUACUGGUAAGUAAAGGGGCGAAAUGGCAGGAACGCAGGAAAAUUUUAACCACAGCGUUUCAUUUUAACGUGCUACGUAAAUACUUUCCUAUUCUUGAACACAACAGUCAGAAACUCAUCGCAACUUUGGAAAAAACUGAAGGAAAGUCUAUAGACGCGGUUCCUCUGAUAUCAGAAUAUACCCUAGAAUCGAUUUGCGAAACCGCUAUGGGAGUUCAGCUUGAUAAAGACGAACCCGAGGUUGGCAGUAAAUACAAAAAUGCAGUUUAUGAUACUAUAAAAUUGUUAAUAAAACGCUUUGUAUCACUUCAUCUUUACUUCGAUUUUAUUUUUAAUUUAACUCCAGAUGGAUUUAAACAAAUGCGUUAUAUAUCGACAAUACACAACUUCACUAAAAAAGUCAUUAAUACACGAAAGGAAAACAAAAAGAAUAAAGAAAUCGAAGAAUGUAGUGAUAAUGAAGACACCGUAGACGUAUUUGCCUACAAGAAAAAGAAAAAGGCAGCAAUGUUGGAUUUGUUAAUUUCAGCAGAAAACGAGGGAUUGAUUGACGAUACUGGUAUACAAGAGGAAGUCGAUACAUUCAUGUUUGAAGGACAUGAUACAACUGCAGCUGGUUUGACUUUCUGUUUAUUGGCACUGGCUCAUAAUCCUGAAAUACAAGAUAGCGUCGUAGCGGAACUAAAAGGCAUAUUUAAUGACAGUAGUCGAGCUGCGACCCCAGACGACAUGGCUAUGAUGACUUAUCUUGAAAUGUGCAUAAAGGAAGCAUUACGAUUGUUCCCCCCUGUCCCCUUCAUCAGUCGCAAAUUGACUGAAACAGUGAAAUUAAGCAAUUACACCGUCCCAAAAGGAACAAUGUGCCACAUACAUAUUUACGAUCUUCAUCGCCAUGAAAGCCUAUACAAAGAUGCUUUGAAAUUCGAUCCUGAUAGAUUUUUACACGAAAAUUGCGUCAGUCGACACAACUACGCAUACAUCCCGUUUAGUGCUGGUCCAAGAAAUUGUAUCGGUCAAAAGUUUGCAAUGAUGGAAAUGAAAUCUGCGCUAUCUGCCAUACUAAGGAACUUCAGAGUUGAACCAGUAACUACGAUCGAGGAUCUAGAGUUUUCCGCUGACUUAGUGUUAAGAAAUUCCAAACCUGUAUACAUGAGGUUCAUCAAGAUCAAAUCGUAAUUUAAGAAUUUAUUGGAAGACAAGAAUUACAAAUAAUAAAUUAAAUACAUACUA